GUCUUAAGACAGCCCCUUCUUUUGUCAUGCUGACAUGCUCUGGCGUUUACACAGCAUGGGCUUGUAUCGCAGCCUCAGAAUGUCUCAUCCGCUCUCACCUAACUUUGACGGCGGAAAUGGAUGCGCGUUUAGCAUGUUUGAUGCGUUAAAACCAAGAGUUUCCAGGAUUCUCAUGCGGAUUAAAUCUUUGUUUUGAACAGGAUACGUUUGGAGAUCUAAAGUGGACACGGAGUCGAUGCGGAGAUGCACUGUAAAUUAUCUCUUAUUGCAUAACUCAGCCACUGAGGAACCAUUACCAUGCAGGGAUAUACAUGGAGUUCAAAUCAGCAUCCUUCAACAAGAUGCCAAGAUCAGCCUCCACCUCAAUACCAAGAACGACUUCCUCCUCAGUACCAAGAAUGGUCUCCACCUCAGUACCAAGAACAAUUCCCACCUAAGUACCAUGCUGUCAGGAAUGAUCAACCCAAUGCGUUCCAGGUACAGCUCAUCUCUCAACUUCAAACCACAUUACAGACAAGAUAUUCCAAUGGACAACAAGAGGCUGCAAAUCAGUGGAGCACUUGUUCAGGCAGUGCAGACUCUUCUGCUUUUCAACCAAAUUCAGAUGGAUAUAAUCGGUUGAAACGGACAAACCAGAUCAAUCCCCAAUACCCAUUUGCAGCCUCCAACACACAGCAGCACUACCCAUCUGACAACCCCAAUGCAUAUAGGUAUCAUGCCCAGUUCAUGCAAUGGCAUGAUUCCUCCCCACAGAACUACAGAAACACAGGCUGUAGUCAAGCUCAAAUGUACCAUGGCAGCUCUGUGGGUAACCGCAGGGGUUGGAGUUCCCACAUUUCCAACAAUGGCAGCUCUCGUUCCAUGAACAAUCAGCAACAACUUCAGCCUCUUAGAAUGGCUCCUCUUCUUCAUCACCAACAACAACAAGAGUUCUCUAGACAAUAUACAGGCAAAAAACAAAGAUGCUACACACAAUACUCUUCUCGGGCCCAUAACAAUGGAGUCUCCCAAAAAAAUCCUAACAAUCAAGCUCAGAGCAGAACUGAGGCCAAUCAUACCUCAUGCAACUCUAUGACACCACCUUCUGGAGCACAGAGCAAUGUUUCAUUACCUUCCAAUAAUGUGAACCAAAGUCCUGUUAACCAGAAACGGUCAGAACUGGGGUCAAAUGCAGGUCCAAAUGUAUCUGCGACCCAGUCUCAGAAUAAUCAAAAUACUGCACAUCAGUCUCAGGGCACAAGCAGUGAGACAUAUAACACUAAUCAGACUUCUCAAAUGACACAGACCAGUGAAGCCCAGCUUCAGCCCCAAUCUAUAACUGAUUUUAACUUGUCAGCUUAUGCUGACUCAAUAAUAUAUAGAUUACUGUGUUCAAAUGACAAUGGACAAGCAAAUAAGCAGCAAUCAGAUGAAAGAAUUACUCAUCAGAACACUCGUCCAGAAAAGUCGGAGGUUUGUAAAACCAAAAGGACUGACAGUCACUCAAAGGAACCUUUUUCUGAACCAAGAGAACAGUGUACAGUUGAACCACCCAGUAAAAGAAUGAAGUAUGCUGUGUUUCAGAGAGACUGUCGGAACAAAGAAACAAUAGUGUCCAAAGACAUAAGUAAUUUUGGGGUGCUAUCUGCCCAAGCUGGUACCCAUCAGACAAGUAGCAAUGAGAACAGACUUAAAGGAAUGAGCCAACACAACAUACAGUACAGUACGGAUGCAGCAGACUGUCUUGAAGUGGUCUUUGCACUACAGAAAGCUGCUCAGCAAACUCACAAGGCCAUUGCCAUCGUUCCACCUAUUUACCAGCAGAUCUCAAACGCUGCACCAAUGGCUGAUACCAGCCCAAAAAAAGCUGAUAGUCCACUGUUAAAGAUUGAUUCUGUUUGGUCACUUGUUGAAGAAUCUAACAAACAAAAAACUGUAAAUGACAAGCUGUCUGAAUCCUCCUCACAAAUGGCUCAACAGAACAACAAAAGCCUUGAAAAUGCAACUGCAAACAACAUGGCAGACCCAGAUACAUGCUCUGCUAGCCCAGUUGAAUGUCAAAAUGAUGUGCAGCAAAGUGACUGUGAUUCAGAUGGUCCUUCAUUUGACGUGUCCAGUGUGCCAGUGAUUGAGUACACACUGGAGAAACUGAUGGAGUUAGUGAAGUCUAUAGAGAUGAAAGAGUUAUCGGCCGGAUAUCCUGAGAAAUCUCAGAGCAUUUUAGAAAGGAUCUUAAAACUCUACUGGAAUGGGAAAGCUUCCAAUAUGUUGGAGCCUUUGAAAUCAUUAAGAGAGGCACUGCAAUUAUCCAUAGAAUAUGCAAAGGAUUAUGGGUCUGUGGUAUUUAAAAGCAUCGAAACUGAAAACCUGAAGAAGCUAGCUCAUUGCAACAUUCUCAAACAUGAGACAUAUUCAUGGUCAGAGGAGUUCAGAUCUUCUUGGUUAAAUGUUGAUGGACAGCCAGCUGAUAUUGAAAAGGUGCUUUCAGAACCACUGUUGGAUGACAUAACUGUGUUCAAGGCAACAUCACAGUCCUUUUCAGAUAACACUGUUGUCACUUCAGCCAGAUUAGGUGUGAAUUCCCUCACAGACAUGACUGAGGUUUCAUCCAAGGAGAAAAGUGUAAAUCCAGACACUUGCAGUCCAACAGAUCUUUUCAUGCAAAUGGCAGGAAAUGACAGGGGGGAAGUGGCUGCGGAAAACAAUGGGCAUUCAUAUGUAGUGCUCAGAAAAGAAAGUGAGAAAGAGACAUUCAAGAAGCAAGAGGACAUCAAUCAAAACCACAUUUUUAACAUAGAGCCUUCAGACAUCACACCUUUAGCUGAAAGGUCUACAGAGAGACUUACAGACCUCAGCAAUGCAAAAGAAGUAUUCAGACAAGAUCACGAGCAAACACGUGAUGAUAAUGUAUCAGAUUCACUUUCUCUGAGUCCUGGAGACAGUGUUUCAGAUGGUGUGAAAAACUCUGUUGUGUCUUUCUCUACUGAGACUCAUUGUAGCUCCAUGGAAACAUGGCAGGUAGAAGAUAUUUCUGAUGAUGAAAAUACAGGCAGUAAAGAGGCUCUGAAUAACUCCUCGGACACCUGGCUUGUAGAAGAUAUUUCUGAUGAUGAAAAUACAGGCAACAAGGAGGCUCUUAACACCUCAGACACCUGGCUUGUAGAAGAUAUUUCUGAUGAUGAAAAUUCUGGAAAUAAGGAUGUUCUUCUUAAUUCCUCAAACACCUGGCAAGUGGAAAACAUCUCUGAUGAUGAGAAUCCAGGCAAUAUGGACACUCCUAGUAACUCCGCAGACAUAUGUGCGGUGGAAAAUGAAUCUACUGAUGAAAAUUCAAGUGCUGAUUCCUUGUUUAUGGGAAUCACGGUGCUAUCAUCGGAAGAUGCUAAAACAUUUUUCCAAUAUAUUGAAAAGGAUCCUGGAUGUACCAUCAAAACCAAAUCCCAAUCCAAAUUGGAGAGCCCAGAUCUUGUAGCAUGCUUUGAUGCACCCAGUCAACUUAACCAGGAGUACAACAAAGCACAUACUUGCUCUCGCUGUGGUACCCAAAUUGUGAAAUCUAAUUCCACUAAUGUGACAAAGACGGACAGUGAUGCUGAUCUUUUCUGCCUCCAGUGUUGGGAACAGGCACCAUUGUUUGAGCUAGAAGAGGAGCCAUGCUCUCCAAUGACAGAUGAGGUCAAUCUGGGCUAUGCUGCUAAAUCAAAUGAACUGGGUCAAAAUGAUAGUCUGCCAUGUCUUAAGUUGGAAGUCAAUGAGCCAAAUGUGGCUUCAACAAAGGAAUGCAUUGCAUAUGAAGGACUGAAAGGACAAAAAAAUUGUUGUCUUUUAACAUCAGACCCGGGGGAAAAUUGUAGUCCACCAUGUCUUAAAAUAGAAGUCAAGGAGCUAACUGUUGCACCAAAUGAUGAAUGCAUUGCGAAUGAAGGACUGGCAGGACAAAAGAGUGUGUUCUUGGUAAAAUCAGAACAGGGACACAAUUGUAGUCUGCCAUCUCUUGAACUGAAAGUCAAGAAGCCAAAUGUUGCUCCACUGGAGGCAUGCAUAGCAGAGGAAGGACUGAUGGGACAAAAAAGAGGCAGUAUGGUAAAAUCAGAACUGGUAGAAAGCUGUUGUCCACCAUCUCUUGAACUAGAAAUCAAGGAGCCAACAGUUGCUUCAACAACGGAAUGCAUUGCAGAUGAAGGACAAAAAAGUGACAGUAUAAUACAAUCAGAACUGAGACCAAAUUGUAGUCUACCAUCUCUUGAACUAGAAGUCAAGGAGCCAACUGUUACUUCAGCAGAGGACUGCAUUGCAGAUAAAGGACUGACGAGACAAAAAAUUGACAGUAUGGUAAAAUCGGUGACUGAGACAAUGUCUGAAAAUCAGGGGUCAGCUGAACGGGAGCUAACCAAGAUUCAACCAAAUAAGCAAAAAAAUGAGAAAAUUAGAGUACCCAAGCCCCAAUCUUUCACGCAGUGCAGAAAAUCAUUUUCAAAGAAAACUGCAUUUUUCAAGCAUAAGCUAAAAUCUGGUAGCACUAGUACUGGUUCUGAUGAUUCUGUGCUUUUCGCUCCAGAUAUUAUAGUUAAAAUGAACUGGCCACAAAAGAAAAAUCAACCUCGUGAUUCUGCAAACAAACGCUGUAGUGGUGAGAGUCAGAACUGCAGUAAGGUGAAAAAAUGUAAAGAACAUGGGCAAGAAAGACGAGAUAAUCAUGACAGAACCUCAACAAAACAUAGAGAAAACCUACAGAAAGUGACAGAGAAAGUGUCUGGUCAAUCAAGUGACACACCACCCCACGGAUCAGAAAAGAAGCUGGAGCUGCAUGGUAUUCUGUCAGUGAAUAAAAUGAAAAGAACUGAACCAAAAAAAGUGAGAUUUGAUUUAUAUGGGUCCAAAACAGAAAAACAGUACUAUCCCCGAGAGCGGCAUUUUACUGCCCCUGCUACCUUAACAGUCUCUGAUUGCAAAGACUAUACCGAUGUGCUUUCUGCUAAACAAAAAGUUCACAACCAAUGGAGUAGCACCUUUAUACCUAAAACAAAGAAGGCUUGUCCUCCCAGGUCACCACAGGAGAGUGGACCACAGAAGAAAAAAACACAGAAACCUCAGGAUCUCUUAAAGUCAAAUAUGAGUGCAUUAAGAAACCAUUUGACUCACAGAGCCAAGCUAUUAUCCAGUAGUGACAUAGAGACAAGUCACAUAAGAAAACCAUAUUUUCAUCAAAAGCUUACGAAAACACUAAGCAGCUAACCUGUCUAAU